UGUUCUCUAGACUUUUAAAGUCACGAAUUAUCUUUAUUUCUCUCUCACACCGAUUCAGAUGAAUGCGCUCCAACGAUUUCUAGCAAUUUAAAAGAAAGAAAAAAAUGUGGUCUCCUCAAACAACAUGAUGAUCCUUACACCAUGGAAGCACAGAAGAUAGUACUCGGGACAAUAUGGCUAGUUUAUUUAUUAACUAUAGUAAUAUCAAGUUACUUGGACCCGAGCGGUCGUUACGACUGUCCCAUGAAACCAUUGAUAACUCCAUGCACGUGCGUAGAAAGAGCCCGGGGUUUAGACGUCAGCUGCGAAAAUACGUCGGUGGAGGUGUUGCGUCACGUUUUCGAUAAUUUAGGACACAGCAGACAGCCCAUAUGGCACCUGAGACUCAAACAUAAUCCACUUCCCAGUUUGCCAUAUUAUUUAGUACACGGACUUCACGUAAUUCAUUUGAUAAUUAAAAGAAGCAACGUAACAAACGUGGACGACGACAGUUUCGUGGAUAUACAAGAUACUAUCGAAUCUUUAGAUUUAUCGCAUAAUCAUUUGAAGCAAGUGCCCAGUAAACCAUUAGAAAUCUUAGAUACUUUGGUAUCUCUUAAUUUAAACAACAAUCAUAUUGAAAUCCUUCACGCUGCCGCUUUUCACGGCCUCGUUUCUUUGCUAUGGUUAUCCUUAUACGGUAACAGGAUCAAGUUUAUAGAUAAUCUCGCGUUUUCUGGAGUUGGUGCUAGCCUGACGAGGAUCAAUUUGGGUGGUAACACUUUAACCGCCGUGCCCUCACGACCUCUUAAAAAUCUCCAAGUUCUCCAACGUUUACAAGUGCAUGAGAACAAAAUAACGGCCAUCUUGCCUCAGGAAUUUCUUGAUAUCGGGAGCCGAUUGGAGAUAUUGGAUUUGGGUUCGAAUUUCAUGGAAAUACUACCAAGUCGAGCUUUCAGUAAUCUUCACCGCCUCAGUUCUUUAGAUUUGGAGAAUAACUCUAUUUAUUCCAUUCAUCCUCAAGCAUUCGAAGGCAUUGAAGAUUCUUUAGAAUGGCUGAAACUAGGAAGGAACCGUCUCAACGCCAUUCCUCUUCCGGCAUUACAGAACCUGACUAAACUGAGACAACUCGAUCUACGUAGUAACAACAUAUCAUACAUAGGAGAGGAAGCGUUUACACCUUACGGAUCUUCGUUGAAAUUCAUUUACCUACAGAAUAACAGUGUGAGGUAUAUCGAUCGUACGGCAUUCGACAUUCUCGACUCCCUGGAGUGGCUAUACCUUCAUUCCAACCGCCUCACUUUUCUAUCUUUCGAGACCUUGGGACCUGUUUUGGACACCCUACAAGUUUUAGAUAUUCAUGACAACCCAUUCCAUUGCGAUUGCCGUUUAGUUUUAUUGAAAGAAUGGAUGCUGGAUCGAGGGAGCAACGUGGUAAACAUGCCAAGAGAGACCAGAUGUGCCACGCCAAAGAAACUGAAACGUGUCUCGAUACGUGACGUGCCCCACGAACACCUAAUUUGCGCAUCAUCGGCCAAUAGUGUGAUGCCUCACAUCUUCAUAAUCAUCGUCACCGUAUACAGGUUCGUUACGUAAGCGACGUAUACGAAAACCAAUCAAUCCACGUGUUUUAGCAAUACAUACAUAAUCAUGAAGAUUGAAAACAAAUAAAGAAAAUUAAAAAGAAAACAAAAGACUGUAACAACUGUAUAUCAUUCGAUGUGUUUUUAUAUACUUGUAAAGAGAUGUUGUAUGCGCGCAUACUGUAAUUCCUGUUGUUUAUCCACAUGCUGCAUUGUUCUCUGAGUGGAAUUAAAGAUUCUAUCACCUUUCCAGAACGAUUUCUCUUCGUUUCCGCAACAAUCCUACGCGAUAAUGCUCGGGAGUAGCGUGAAUCACGAUCGUAUCUCGCGUAUUACGAAUUAUAAACGUUAGAAACUUGUCGAGCUUGAAUAAAUUGCAAGACCCAAAUCCCUUCUGUAGGCACAUUCUGUGGCCAAAUCAUAACUGAAGCCAACUUAGCUUUAUCGAAUCGGUGGCGAGAGAUUGAAGAGGUAAUAUUAACAGAACUAGUAUUAAUUUCCCAAGUGGUGAGACCACGGCAA